AUGUUAGAUCUCUUCCAAUUCCGCGGCCACAACGAGAUCGACACAGCCCGACUGUACGGCGGAGGAACGACGGAGACCUAUCUGGCUGACGCCAAAUGGGAAGAGCGCGGUAUCGUGAUGGGAACCAAGCUAUAUCCGAACAGCAAGACCUCUGGGGCCACGGGGCCACUGUCCUACACGCUGCGUGCUGGAGACGUCCGUCGCGGACUGCUGGACAGCCUCAAGGCGCUCAACACCAACAAGAUAGAUCUCUGGUAUCUCCAUGGUCCAGAUCGCGAAACGCCACUCGAGGAAACACUGAGCGAGGUCAACAAAUUGUACGAAGAGGGACACUUCAACCGUUUCGGUAUCAGCAACUUCAUGUCUUGGGAGGUGGCCAAGAUCUGGGAGCUGUGCGACAGAAACGGCUGGAUCAAGCCGACCGUAUACCAGGGUGCUUACAACGCACUCCAUCGCGGGGUUGAGUUGGAAUUGCUCCCUUGCCUUCGUCACUACAACAUAGCCCUUUACGAGUUCCAGCCGUUGGCUGCGGGGUUCCUCACGUCCAGGCAACGUCGCAACGACUUUCAGGAAGGCUCUCGUUUCGACUCAAAGCAUGCUCUGAGUGCGAUGUAUCGAAGCAGAUACGGCAGUGAUAUUGCCUUCGAUGCCUUGGAAAUCAUUCAGUCGGCGGCAACAAAACACGACCUCUCUGUGGCUGAAUGUGCAUUCAGAUGGCUUUCUCACCACAGCGCCUUGGACAAAGAAAAGGGAGACAAGAUCAUUAUUGGAGCAAGCAACUUGAAGCAGCUGGAGGAGAAUCUUGACGACUUGGAGAAAGGACCGCUGCCAGAGGAUGUAGUGAAAGCAAUGGAGGAAGCUUGGCUCGCUUACAAGGCCGUCGUUCCCAAGUAUUUCCACUAG